CGGCGGGGGAGGGGAAGCGCCGAGCAGGCGGCGGCGGCGGCGGGGAAGGGAAGGGAAGGCAGGGACGGCAAGAAGGGCCGCGCCGCGCCGGCCCUCGUUCGCACUCCCCGGCCGCCGCCUCAGCCCCCCGCGGCCGUGCUGCCCACCGGGGGCGGCGAGGAGGAGGCCGCCGCCGCACCGCCGCUACCGGGCCCGGGCGCUCGCGUCCCGCGGGCGGCGGCCAUGUCUACCGGCGAGGUGGAGCGGCUGGCGGCGGACCUCGGCGGGGGCGCCGGGGACGAGGAGGAGGAGUGGCUCUACGGCGAUGAAAAUGAAGCAGAGAGACCAGAAGAAGAAAAAACUAGUGUUCCUCCCCCACCUGGAAGUGAAGAGGAAGCCGCAGAAAAUGGCAUUGUGAAAACGAAGGUGACCGAGGCUGAGGAUGACAGUGAUAGUGAUAGUGAUGAUGAUGAAGAUGAUGUUCAAGUCACCAUAGGGGAUAUUAAAACGGGAGCUCCACAGUACAGUUACGGAGCAGCUCCUGUGAAUCUCAAUAUUAAGACAGGAGGACGAGCUUAUGGAUCUUCUUCUGGUGUAAAAGUUAAAGGGGUGGAUCUAGAUGCACCAGGGAGUAUUAAUGGCGUGCCACUUCUGGAAGUAGAUUUAGACUCUUUUGAAGAUAAACCUUGGAGAAAGCCAGGGGCUGAUCUCUCUGAUUACUUCAACUAUGGGUUCAAUGAAGAUACCUGGAAAGCUUACUGUGAAAAACAAAAGAGAAUACGAAUGGGUCUUGAAAUUUUACCAGUUACCUCAACCACAAAUAAAAUUACGGCUGAAGACAAUGCUAUGGAAGUAACACCAAGUGCAGAGAUUCUCGAUGGCAGAUACCAUCUUUUUAAGGUACAGCAGGGCAGAACUGGAAAUUUGGAGAAAGAGUUGGCAGUGCAGUCGACCAAAGCUGAUUUCACAUCUCCUCCUGCCUUAUUCAAAUCAGGAAUUCCAACAAACAGGCGAUUGUCUGGCACAAUAGAUGUGAUUGGACAGACCAUCACUAUCAGCAGGGUGGAAGGACGACGGCGUGCUAAUGAAAACAGCAACAUACAGGUUCUUUCAGAACGAUCUAAUCCUGAAGUAGACAAUUUUACCAAGCCACCUCCAUUUUUCCCUCCAGGAGCUCCACCUACCCACCUUCCACCACCUCCUUUCCUCCCACCCCCUCCAACUGUCAGUACUGCUCCACCUCUGAUUCCCCCACCAGUAUCUCUGAAUUCUUGGAAGUCUGGUAUACCAAUAACAGUACCACCACCAGGCUUUCCACCACCACCUGGCGGUCCUCCACCUUCCCUCAUACCCACGAUAGAAAGUGGACAUUCCUCUGGCUAUGACAGUCGUUCUGUUCGUGCAUUUUCGUAUGGCAGUGUCACCUUUCCGCACCUUGCAGGUUCUGCUCCUUCAUGGUCUAGUCUUAUGGAUAGCAGCAAACAGUGGGAUUACUAUGCACGGCGAGAGAAGGAUAGGGAACGGGAGAGGGAGCGAUCUCGAGAUCGGGAUCGGGAUCGAGACCGGGACCGAGACAGAGACCGAGAACGGACCAGAGACAGAGAACGGGACCGAGAUCACAGUCCGACUCCAAGCGUGUUCAACAGCGAUGAAGAACGAUACAGAUAUAGAGACUACGCAGAAAGAGGCUAUGACCGCCAUAGAACAAGCAGAGAGAAAGAUGACCGACAUAGAGAGAGAAGACACAGAGAGAAAGAAGAGACUAGACACAAGUCAUCUCGAAGUAACAGCAGACGUCGCCAUGACAGUGAAGAAGGGGACAGCCACAGAAGGCACAAACACAAAAAAUCUAAAAGAAGCAAAGAAGGAAAAGAAGCCAGCAGUGAACCUGCUCCUGAACAGGAAAACACUGAAGCUGCCCCUGUCGAAUAGGCUUGUGUGAUUUUUGCCUAUUUGCAUAUAUAUUAGUGCCGGAAAUAGAUUACUAUAAAUCUUGUUAUUUUUCUGGGUAUUAAAAUAAUUUGCUCUUAAUCUUGUUCUGUUAGUAUGAAAUCGAAGGUUACUUGGUUGGUUUUUUUGAAAAUAAAAGAAUAAAUUUUUCAUGUUAA